GGAUGAAAAAAAGAUUCUGGGAGAAAUCAAAGGUCCUGCCGAUCCAGAGAAACUCGAUGUCCGUUUGUUGUGUGUUUUGGUCAAGAAUAUAAGCACCGUUUUCCCGCCAGAAAAUGGUUGGAGGAGAGAUAAACUAAAGGCAGAAGAUAAAAGCAUUGGAGCAGACGUCAUUCGAAUUGGCGACAUCAGAAAUGAUUGUCAUCACCUGCCAUCGUCUAAUAAAAUAACGAAGGAUAAGUUUGAUGAUAUAUAUCCCAGACUUAAAGAGAUUUUGGGGAGACUUGUACAUGACACACCCCAUGAAAAUGAUUUUCUCUCCAUGAUCUUGCGUCUUGAUGCUCCCAAUUUUGCAACAUCACAGUGUGCCAAAAGAUUGUCCCUAGACAGGGUCAUCCAUACAUGGAAACUGAACACUACUAGACAGGAGUCCUUGGUGGACGGGAGCGAUGAUUCGGCUGAAGAAAACGAUUCAUCUCCAUUCCUUGAUGCUAUUCUGACGAACAAUAUUGAAAGGGUUCGGAGCUUGGUGACAUCCCAAGAACAGACCGUUAUAGAGGAAGGGGUGAGGAAAGCAUGCUUAAAAGGAAACCACAAAAUUUUCGAAAUUUUAACAUCAAAUGGCCAACCUAUCUCCCUGAAUCACAGAGAUCUAUCCAGGGCAUGUCGUGGUGGAUCCAAAGAAAUUGUGAAACAAAUACUGGAUCGAAUGGGUUCUAAUAAUAUUUUGGAACAUGUGCAAGAUGAGUCGGUUUUUAAACGUUGCUGUAUUCAUCAUGCGGCAAGUGGAGGCUUCCAUAACAUUGUGGAAUGUUUGGUCGAAACAGAUGAAAAAUUUUUGUUAACUACUGACAAGGCCAAUAACAAUGCCCUUCAUUUUGCCUGUAUGCGGGGGCAUAUUGAAGUGGUGAGGGUGAUUCUGAGCUCAAAAAGGGGAAAGAAUCAAAUUUGGGACCUGAAUGGCCAAGGAUUAACCCCACUCCACUGUGCUGCUUAUUUUGGAAAACUGUCAACCGUUCAGCUCUUGCUAGAGAGAGGUGCUGAUAAAAAAUCCAAAGACAGGCAUAGAAAGAGUGUUGUGGAUUGGUGCAUUCUGGGUCAAGAGCAAAGUAUCCAAUGUUCUUGGUAUGAUUCGGAAUUCAAUCUUUUACCUGCCACUUAUGGGUCUCAUCAAGAUUAUGAACAAAUCAAAAUUAUCCUCCAAGACUAGGAGGAUUUAACCUCUGAAUUGCCACAAAAGUUUUAUAUUUUGACAUUUUAUACAUCUUAGAUCUUUUUAAUUUGAGUUGUCUUUUUCUUGAUCUGGAAAAAAAAACUAUUCUCCAAACAAAUUUAUUUAUUUAUAUAGCUAUUCCUAACAUUUAUAUAUGUAUUAUGAACUUGUACCCAGUAUUAGUAUACUCAGGCUAUUUAUGCAGGAGACUGUAUCCUUCUAAUCUAGUGCUAGCACAUUAGAAUUCUUUGUUUCCCAGUAGCAAUCUAAAUAAAUGUAAGCAUUUGAUUUGCUGGUGCCAUAAAGGGAAAGUUAUUGCUCAGGUAUUUUAUCAUCCUUGUUACAUAAAAAGUUGCAGUAUUAAAAGUAUUGGAUCCAUGUAU